AUGUCAUAUCCACAAUUCGGAUAUCCCUACUCGUCUGCACCACAAUUCCUCAUGACAUCCAACUCUUUGACAACUUGCUGCGAGUCAAGCGGCAGAAGCAUCGCUGACUCCAGGGUGACAGCCUCCGCUCAGACGCCGGUCUACUGCCCAGUGUACGAGAGCCGGUUGUUGGCCACCGCCAGGCACGAGCUGAGCUCCGCAGCUGCUCUGGGGGUGUAUGGGAACCCGUACCCCGGGAGUCAAGGCUAUGGAAAUUACGUUACUUAUGGAACCGACGCGUCCGCUUUCUACUCGCUGGGGACAUUCGAUACCAAAGAUGCAACAGCGCCCGCGCAUGCAGGGAUUACCCAGGCUGCAGCUUACUACCCCAUUGACCCCACUCUGGGACAUUAUCAAUACGACAGAUAUGGCUGUAUGGACGGAGGGACCAGGAGGAAGAACGCCACCCGGGAGACGACCAGCACGCUGAAGGCCUGGCUACAGGAGCACAGGAAGAACCCCUACCCCACCAAGGGAGAGAAGAUCAUGUUGGCCAUCAUUACUAAGAUGACCCUGACGCAGGUGUCCACCUGGUUUGCCAACGCCAGGAGGAGGCUGAAGAAGGAGAACAAGAUGACGUGGCCUCCGAGGAACAAGUGUUCUGAUGAGAAGAGAUAUGAUGAGGAUGAUGAGGCGUCUCAGGAGGAGAACGUCAACAGUGAGAACAACGAUGAUGAGAAAGAUAAGGAUCUCGCGCUGAGUGACCUGGACGACUUCGACAUGAUAGAAUCAGAGAGCUCGGAGUGCGAGCUCAAACACCGGUACCUCAUGAACACUCACAUGACGACCACUGACUGUCCGAACGACCAUCUGAAGGACACAUCUUUAAAGAUCAGCAUACCCGUGUCCCUGGGCGGGGAGCAGCAGCUCAGUAAAACCUCACCAGAGGGCUGCGACAGCCGGCAGGGGAAAGCUUGCUACCAACAACAGAUACUGGACGGCAAACCACGGAUUUGGUCGUUGGCUCAGACGGCCACGUCUCUGAACCAGGCGGAGUACCCGUCCUGUAUGUUGAGGUGUCAGCCUCAGCCGGGCCUGCCCGCCUCUCCGGCCGCCCCCUCCCCUAUCACGGUUCUAGACAGACGGCAGGACUCUCCCGUUACAACUCUCAGAAACUGGGUGGAUGGGGUUUUCCACGACCCGUUGUUCAGGCACAGUACUUUGAACCAGGCCCUGACCAACACCACGGUCUCGUGGACCACGACCACCAAGGGUUCGAUACUAGAGACCGGCGCUCUGGAACGUUCCGUUGGGAGCGUCAAAGGACUUCCGUCUCUACAGCACCAAGACUCCACGAAGGACAAUAUGAAUUUCCCUAAAACUGUGAACAAACACUUCUGCUCUUAA